UAAAAAGUUGUGCGCUCCUCCUCCUCCUCGUCCAUGAGGCUGAUUUGGCUCCAGAUAUAAACACACAUAGCUGCUCUGUCCGCGCUGCGCUCCCCAGUCUCCUCACAACAAGCAGACAGAUCUGCUCCAAGAGGCUGAAAAACAGAAGAAAAGAAAAAAGAAAAAGCAGCAGGAGGAGACGAUCUGUGGCACAUUACCCAGGAUGGAGUUCUGCUAUCAAGGAUGAGGUUGUGUCUGGAGCAGUGCAUGGGGCAGAGAGAUAACCAGGGUGGGAACUACAGAGAAGAGAAAGGAUUCUCCAUCCAAGCCGUCUGUGGCUGAGCUGGCUGGAAGAUUCAGAGGUCAUAUUCUACCAAUGCCCACCUCAAAUGACGAGUUUCGCAGAAGACCGCCAUGUUCCCUCAAGUUGCAAAAUCAAAAAGAUGAUAAUGAAGAAUCAGAUAAAACUACUGUCUCCGCCAAACCCUUUAAAGUAAAGGUGAAGAGCUCCCCCAUCAUCGAGAAACUUCAGGCCAAUCUUGCUCUGUCACCCACUGCUCUGCUGCCUUCACCCAAGAGUCCCGAGGCCAAGAUCCCAUCUGCGCCUUUGUCCCCCACCACACCCUGCAGCCCGACGAGCCCCAACCUGCGGCCCUCACAUCUGUCCAGCGAAGACGAGGAUCCUGUCAGCUUCAGCGACCCUCCUGAAGGCACCACGUUGCCGAGCAUCAACAAGACUCGUGCACGGCUAUCAUUCAAGAGGCGCCCACCCACAAGACAGCACAGGAGGUCAGCUGGAGAGGAGUCAGGGGCCUUUGGGAGCGCUAUGUCCCCAUGUGAACUGUACAGCCCAAACGAAAAUGGGGACAAGGACCAGGCUUUCAACAGCCCAGCUGAAGAGGCUGGAAACGGACUGCCUGCCAGUCUGAAAGAAGCCGAAGAAAAGGACAAGGACUGUGAAAAAACAGAGGAUGAGGUAGCAGCAGACGACAAGAGGAGAGAUCCGGAGGAGGAUCAGGAAGCAGAGACUUUGGAGGAGAAGCCUUCAGAGCCUUCCCCUGCCAAGCCGAUAGAGGGCGAUAUUACGGCAGGAGAGGGGCAGGCGGAGGCGGCAAUGGAGGAAGGAGAAAAUGACAGAGUGUGAGCUGUGAAAAACAAAUAUAUGAAUAAGUUAUUCAGCGCUUUUAAAUCAGAAAACUCCUCAACUGUUUUUAAAUGUCUUGGGUACCUGCUCUGUUUUAAGUCCCUCUAUUGCCCUCUAGAGAACAGGUCUAUAAACACUGGAGGGUUGUGAGAACAGCUGUUCUCUGCACAUGGACAUAAGCUUCACAGUUAUACCGAGUCUGUGUGAUCAGACUCUUGUUUUUAUGAUCUGCAUCUUUGCUGAGAUGUGACACGAGUCAAAGACAUUGCUAAGAGUGCACUUCCAUGUCAGACGUCUCUGUCAUGUACAGAAAAUACUGAAUGCUGGGUCGACCAAAGGCUAGAAAUAUUAUUAGAGUCACAUAUAUAUUAGUAGAUAUAUAACAUGUGCUGACAUAUCAAAUCACUUUAGGUUGAAAUUAUAUAUUUUGCUUAUUUAGUUUUCUUCUGAUGUGCGAUGUUGGUGUACUUGUCUCGCUUGUCUUUUAUUUUGUAUAAUAUAAAAUAUCUAAAUCACAGAGCUACUGUGAAGUGACUGGGAUCCUCAAAAUAAAAAGCCUCCUUCUUAUAUAAGUUAAAAAAAAAAGAAGUCGACAUUACUUGUGUUUGGUCAAAUAUUUGAAACAAUCAAUAUGAGUCAGUAUGUAUAUCUUGUUUUUCUUUCGCUUGAUUUAGUGAACAGUCUUGAGUCAGAUGAGGCCAAAAAAAGCAUGAAUUUGUAGUAACAAAGGUGUGACUGGUGAUACAGGAUAGCAGUGUAAAUAUGCAGAUUGAAAGGCUUCUACACACAGACGAAACACUGAGGUGAUUUAAAUCAUCAGCCUCACUGAAAUACCAGGAGGGAGAGAGAAUUAGUAUUUUUUGUCUAUUUGGCGCCCCCUAGUUACAGACUGGAGUAUCACUGUUGAACAUGUGGAUAACUGUACACGCAUAUCUGUUAUGAUUGUGACAGUCGACAGCCAUGCUGACACCAAACAUCGAGAACAACAAAAGACGUAACAGCCAGCUGAUAUUACUCUCUAUUGCAACAACAACAAGAAGUCCAGCUCGGCAUUUGUCUUUCUGUCUCGCCAACGAGUCAGUCCCAGAUUUACCCUCGUCUCGGUCUGUCACUCUGUCUUCUUCUUCCUCUGUCGUCCUCUUCAGUCUCUUCACCUCUGCCUCAUCUGAGCCCAGUUAUGUUGCCUGCUCUCCUGGCUCUGGUUCUGGUGUCCAUGGCGGCGUCACUCCCUGUCUGCAACGUUUUAAUCUAGUAGGUUAAAUUAAAACAAGGCUGACAACUAUUUGUUGUAUCAACAACAAUAUUAAUAAUAAUUGUAACUGUUUAUUUAUAUAGCAUGUCUGAUAAAAGCAUGGCACCAGACUCAUUCAAACAUUUCAGGACGGAUCUCCAAUGACUCCGGAAACGCUCCUGAAAACUAUGGAUGAACAGCUUUUAUUGCACCUGUUUCUGUAGGACAAAUUACACCUCAGUGAUUCAACAUACGUAAUCACAUCAUUUUCCACUGCAGGUCUGCCCAUUAUCAACCAGAGCAGAGGUCUAAUAUCUGAACACAUCUGUGUGCAUGCAGAGCAUUAAAAUCAAAAGCCAGAUGUCUUUAAACAUAUUACACAGUGCUCCUGUUCCUGCCUGUAUUUUGUAUGAAAAUCAAAUU